UUUGUUCUUUGUCAUAGCCCUUCUGAGGCAUGAAGCAGUUAUCUCGCCUAGACAGGCACUGACUGCAUCUUCAUCCACUACUGCUGCAUCACAGGAGAAUGAGUCCAGUGAUGAAUCUUCAGACUCCUCAGAAUCUUCAGAUUCAUCAGAAUCUGAACCAAGAGCAAAGAGGAAGAAAAAGGAUAAAAAGCGAAAAAAACAAGAAGAAAUCCAAGAAACUGAAGUUUGAUUUUAGGAGAGUAAGAACCCCUGAAGACUCCAUCAAACGCUACCACAAAGUGUUACAACUGGUAAAUGGUGGUUUAAGUAAAGCUGAAGCCUACAACAAAAUGAAUGUUGACAGAAAUACGAUUGUGAUGCAAGCACCCAUUGCUGAGUUGGCAAUUGCAAAUCCUGAGGAGUACAAAGCUAUGAGAGCAACCUUUAAAAAGGGAGAAAGCAUCCAAAAAUUUGCUGGUAGCUGUCUUGCACGGUGCCUUGCUCAGCCUAAUGUAGACAUGAUAAAAAAAUUGAAAGAGAGCAGUGCCAUUCUUGACAUCUCAAAGAAGUGAGGUAUAUAUUGUUGCCUAAAGGGAUGGUUCACCCAAAA